AUGGGAAACCUUUUAAAAGUUCUUACAUGCACAGAGCUUGAUCAGGGACCAAACUUUUUCCUUGACUUUGAAAAUGCACAGCCAACGGAUUGUGAGCGGGAAGUGUGGAAUCAGGUCAAUGCUGUCCUGCAGGACUCCCGAGAGUAUACUUUCCGAUCUGCAAGCAUACAAAGGAGCAGGACAAGAAAUACGAGAUGCCAUUCAAAAAUCCUAAUGAUAUCCAGCUUCAGGAGAAGGCUUGGAAUUCAGUGUGCCCCCUGGUCGUCAGGCUGAAGCGGUUUUUAUGAGUUUUCUCUAAGGCUUGAAAAAGCUCUGCAGAGUUUAUUAGAGUCUUUGACCUGCCCUCCCUACACCCCCACACAACAUCUGGAGCGAGAGCAAGCGUUGGCUAAAGAGUUUGCUGAAAUUCUGCACUUUACUCUCCGCUUUGAUGAACUAAAGAUGCGGAAUCCUGCAAUCCAGAAUGAUUUCAGUUAUUAUAGGCGGACGAUAAGUCGCAACAGAAUAAAUAACAUGCAUCUAGACAUUGAAAAUGAAGUUAACAAUGAAAUGGCAAACAGGAUGUCACUAUUCUAUGCUGAAGCCACGCCAAUGCUGAAAACACUUAGCAAUGCCACUACCAGCUUUGUAUCUGAUAAUAAAACAUUACCCAUUGAAAACACCACAGACUGUUUGAGUACAAUGGCCAGUGUGUGUAAAGUAAUGCUUGAAACACCGGAAUACAGCAGUCGCUUCUCCAGUGAAGACACACUCAUGUUUUGUAUGAGGGUAAUGGUUGGUGUAAUAAUCCUUUAUGAUCACGUUCAUCCAGUUGGUGCUUUUUGCAAGACGUCAAAGAUUGAUAUGAAAGGAUGUAUAAAGGUUUUGAAGGAACAACCCCCAGAUUCUGUGGAAGGACUUUUAAAUGCACUCAGGUUUACCACAAAGCACCUGAACGAUGAAUCAACUUCUAAACAGAUCCGGGCGAUGCUUCAGUAA